CACAUCCUCUCUACCCUAACUCAUAUCGUAGCACAACCAUUCUAUUCUCUUCUCUCUUUUUCUUCCCUGCGCCGCUCCGCACCCAAACCCUACCUUCUCUGUAAUCUACGAUCUAUCAAUGGCCGGAAAGGGCGACGGUCCCGCUAUCGGAAUAGAUCUCGGCACCACCUACUCCUGCGUCGGAGUGUGGCAGCACGACCGCGUCGAAAUCAUCGCCAAUGACCAGGGGAACAGGACCACGCCGUCUUACGUCGGUUUCACCGACUCCGAGCGUUUGAUCGGUGACGCCGCUAAGAACCAGGUCGCCAUGAACCCGGUCAACACCGUCUUCGAUGCCAAGCGUUUGAUUGGAAGGAGGUUUAGUGAUGCUUCCGUCCAGAGUGAUAUAAAGUUGUGGCCAUUCAAGGUUGUUGCCGGUCCCGGUGAUAAGCCUAUGAUUGUGGUCAAUUACAAGGGCGAGGACAAGCAAUUCGCUGCUGAGGAGAUUUCCUCUAUGGUUCUCAUGAAGAUGCGUGAGAUUGCCGAGGCUUAUCUCGGUUCCACCGUGAAGAACGCAGUGGUCACGGUUCCUGCAUACUUCAAUGAUUCCCAGCGUCAGGCCACAAAGGACGCCGGAGUCAUUGCUAGUCUCAAUGUGAUGCGUAUCAUCAAUGAACCCACCGCCGCCGCCAUUGCGUAUGGUCUUGACAAGAAGGCCACUAGCGUGGGUGAAAAGAAUGUCUUGAUUUUUGACCUUGGAGGUGGUACCUUUGAUGUCUCUCUUCUCACUAUUGAGGAGGGUAUUUUUGAGGUCAAGGCCACUGCUGGAGAUACCCAUCUUGGAGGUGAAGAUUUUGAUAACAGAAUGGUUAACCAUUUUGUUCAGGAGUUCAAGAGGAAGCAUAAGAAGGACAUCAGUGGAAACCCUAGGGCUCUUAGGAGGUUGAGGACUGCCUGUGAGAGAGCGAAGAGGACUCUUUCGUCCACUGCACAGACCACCAUCGAGAUUGAUUCUCUUUACGAAGGUGUUGACUUCUACACCACAAUCACCCGUGCCAGGUUUGAGGAGCUCAACAUGGAUCUUUUCAGGAAGUGUAUGGAGCCCGUUGAGAAGUGUUUGAGGGAUGCCAAGAUGGACAAGAGCUCUGUCCAUGAUGUUGUUCUUGUUGGUGGAUCCACCAGAAUCCCCAAGGUGCAGCAGCUGUUGCAGGAUUUCUUCAACGGCAAGGAGCUUUGCAAGAGCAUUAACCCUGAUGAGGCUGUUGCUUAUGGAGCUGCUGUUCAGGCUGCUAUAUUGAGUGGUGAGGGUAACGAGAAGGUUCAGGACCUCUUGCUGUUGGAUGUUACACCCCUUUCUCUCGGUUUGGAAACUGCCGGUGGUGUCAUGACUGUUCUCAUUCCAAGGAACACAACUAUUCCCACCAAGAAGGAACAAGUUUUCUCUACUUACUCAGACAACCAACCUGGUGUGUUGAUUCAAGUGUACGAAGGAGAGAGAGCCAGAACUAGGGACAACAAUUUGUUGGGCAAAUUCGAGUUAUCUGGUAUCCCCCCAGCACCCAGGGGUGUUCCUCAGAUCACAGUUUGCUUCGACAUUGAUGCCAACGGUAUCUUGAAUGUCUCUGCCGAGGACAAGACAACAGGGCAAAAGAACAAGAUCACAAUCACCAACGACAAGGGUAGACUCUCAAAGGACGAGAUCGAGAAGAUGGUUCAGGAGGCAGAGAAGUACAAGGCUGAGGAUGAGGAACACAAGAAGAAGGUGGAUGCAAAGAACGGUUUGGAGAACUAUGCCUACAACAUGAGGAACACCAUUAAGGAUGAGAAGAUUGCAUCCAAGCUUUCUGCUGACGACAAGAAGAAGAUCGAAGAUGCCAUUGAGAGUGCCAUUCAGUGGUUGGAUGGAAACCAGCUUGCGGAGGCAGAUGAGUUCGAAGACAAGGUGAAGGAGCUGGAGAGCAUUUGCAACCCAAUCAUUGCCAAGAUGUACCAGGGUGCAGGUGCUCCUGACAUGGCUGGAGGCAUGGAUGAAGAUGUUCCAUCAUCUGGAGCCGGUGGUGCUGGCCCCAAGAUCGAAGAAGUUGAUUAAAUUAUUUUUUGACUUAGACGGAUCUAUUGUUUUGGGUAAUUUAUUGUUUUUAUGUUUUAGAAUAUUGGCCAACUUUUUUUUCGGUACAGACAUGGGUUAUUGUUAUUGUUAAUGCUGUUUUUGUGUUUUUGGAUACUUUAUCCAGUUUUCUCCUGGAUGGAUGAAUACUUUGUUUAAAAAUCAUUUUGAUAAAGGAAACAAUUUUAUUGGCCAAGUCUUUGUUGCUUUCAUUACUCAAUCUAUUCUUAAGUCUCAACGUUUCAUUUUGUA